CCUGUAUUCAAAGGUGUCCUUGCCUUUAUGUUGAUAUCAAAACAGAAAAGGGAGCAAAGUGGUGGAAUCUUCGGAAAACAUGUUUCAAAAUUGUGGAACACAAUUGGUUUGAGACUUUCAUUAUCUUCAUGAUUCUCCUCAGCAGUGGUGCCCUGGCUUUUGAAGAUAUCUACAUAGAACGCAGACAUACUAUUCGCACCAUCUUGGAGUAUGCUGAUAAGGUCUUCACAUAUGUUUUUGUUAUUGAGAUGCUGCUCAAAUGGGUAGCCUAUGGGUUCAAGGUCUACUUCACCAAUGCUUGGUGCUGGCUGGACUUCCUCAUUGUUGAUGUCUCUCUAAUUAGUUUAACAGCAAACUGGUUAGGCUAUUCCGAACUAGGAGCUAUUAAAUCCCUGAGGACACUCCGAGCAUUGAGGCCACUUCGGGCUUUAUCCAGAUUUGAAGGCAUGAGAGUGGUUGUAAAUGCUCUUUUGGGGGCCAUCCCCUCCAUUAUGAACGUCCUCUUGGUAUGCCUGAUCUUCUGGCUCAUCUUCAGCAUUAUGGGGGUGAACCUCUUUGCAGGGAAGUACUAUCGUUGUGUCAAUACCACCACAGGUGAUCUCUUUGAAAUUGAACAUGUAAACAACAAAAGUGAUUGCAUCAAUCUUAUCAAUGUUGAAAAUGCCACUGAUGUCCGUUGGGUCAAUGUCAAAGUCAAUUUUGACAAUGUGGGCUUAGGCUAUCUCUCCCUUUUGCAAGUGGCCACUUUCAAGGGCUGGAUGGACAUCAUGUAUGCAGCUGUUGACUCCCGUGAGCAAGAGGAACAGCCUCAGUAUGAAGUGAAUCUCUACAUGUAUAUCUAUUUUGUCAUAUUUAUUAUCUUUGGGGCAUUCUUCACUCUCAAUCUCUUUAUUGGUGUAAUCAUUGACAAUUUCAACCAGCAAAAGAAAAAGAUAA